AUGCGACCGUAUACUUAUCUCCCAUUGUUGCCCGAGUCCAUCCGUUUACUUCGCUUGAAGCCUCAUGAAGACAGAGACGCCCCAUUGCAAUGCGAGCUCUUUCAUUAUCCCCUAAAGGACGAAAGAAGAGGAGCCCAUCUCUACGAGGCUCUGUCCUACUACUGGGGGGCUCCCGACAAAAGCCAGAAAGUGUUCACUGACCAAGGGUAUCUGGACAUCACCGCUAGCCUGCACGCGGCGCUCGCACGUCUUCGGGACCCUUUUGUCGAACGCAUCAUAUGGGCAGACGCAAUCUGCAUCAAUCAAGAAGAUACCGACGAGAAGGGGCAUCAAGUCCAACGUAUGGAAGAGAUCUACGCUAGAGCCAACCGUGUCGUUGUCUGGCUGGAAGAUGCUGCCGGCGACCGUCAGAGCGACAAUGAGUCGGAGGAUGUCAGCUACCGCGCACUCCAGACCAUCGGUCUUGCUGCCAACGGGUCGUUCACAGGCAGAUUACGCAAUAACCAACACGGCGAAGCUGUCGUAAAGCUACUUCGCCGGAACUGGUUCAGACGCAUUUGGAUCCUCCAGGAGGUGGCCGCCUCUCGUAAUGUGCUCAUCAUGUGCCAUGCCACCGAGAUAGACGGAUAUGCAUUCUGUCAGGGUCUGAGUGUGUUGGAUCUGAGCGCGUUGGACGAUAUCACACAAACACGCGUUCGCUCGGCCGCCUACCUCAUCAAGUCUGCAGUUCUCCGGCCCAAACGUGCACUCCACACCAACGGGGGCUUCUCUCUACGAAUACGCACUCUGGGGGAACUGACAGAUUUGUAUCACACGCAAAACGCAACAGACCGCCGCGAUAAGAUUUACGCUCUGCUGGGAAUGAGCACCGAUGCCCCUCCCGAGUUAGUGCCUGAUUAUCGCAUAUCGUGGCAAAGCUUGUUCUCCCGGCUCUUGAGAAGCCUUCUCUCCGAAGACGCCUCGAUCUCGACCUGGGAGAGCCAUGAGACUGCGCUGAUCCAGACCAAAGGCCGUAUUCUGGGUGCCAUAGAGUCCGUGCUCAUCGAAAAUCCUUGGGCCUCUGUCCAAAGGGUGAAAGCCGGGUUGCCAGUUGGGGACGGAGAAAAUUGGACUAUCCAGGCCUCAGCAAAGCCUGUCCAAAAAGGCGACAUCAUCUGUUUGCUACAAGGGGCAACGCAACCCACAAUCAUCAGGGUUUACGAUGACUACCGUCUCAUCAUCGUGAUGGCUGUUGACGCGAAAAGCCCAAUCGAAUAUCCCAACCCUCCCGACGCUUAUCUGGGCGUGACGCGAUCCGAGGUCAAUCUUCUCCUCGUGUGGGACUGGCAAGCUUCUCACGGCAACUCUGGGACUGAAAGUACCUUGAAUGAUUUCCUGAAGGGUCAAUCAAUUGACUAUGCAGGAUCCGAAGAAGGAUUCCGCUUUAUGGAAGUAGGGCUGCUCUUUCUGGACAUGGGUCAGCACACGAUGGCCAUUUCUCGAUUUUACUCGGCAAUAGCCGCUCACGAAAAGGCCUCCAAGCUGAAUUGCGCCGACGCUCUGCUAGCUAUGGAUCAUCUUAUCUGGGCUUACCGCGACAGGGACGAGCGCGAAGACGACAAGAGGAUCGAGGCCGUGCAGGAACUGGCCAACAUAGCUAGAGGGAGCUACGACAACGCAGAAGAAGGCCAGAUCAUUCGCCUUGCGUCAGUUCUCGGCACCUACGCCAUGGAGGUCUUUCUCAGAGCCCAGGGAGACCAUGUCGAAAUCACAGAGAAUAUCCUCGUCGCAGCAGCGUCGAAUAUUUACUGCGGCAAAGACAUGAUGUUAAUUCUUCUGGAUCACGGAGAAAACAUCGUCAUUACCGAAAACGUGCUCAAAGCGGCUGUCGAGAAUUCAGACAACGGCGAGGACGUGGUGAAGCUCCUUUUCGAGAAAAGGGGGGACCAAAUAACCAUCACAGAGAGUAUUCUCUCGGUGGUUACCAGACAUACGACGAACAUUUCGGCGAGAAUGUUAACAGUUCUCUUUGCAUGGGAAGGGUGCAAUGUUCAAUUAAGCUGUAAUGUUGUUGCGAUCAUCUUGCGGUUGGUAGGACUACGAUGGUACAAAUCUACUUUGGAGGAAAUCCUUGAACUUCUCCUCAUGCGGCAAAAUGGUCAAAUCACCGUCACCAGGGAACUUGUCGACAUGAUUGUCGACCGACUCGAGCCUGAUCUCAAAUGCAAUCAUGAAGACAAAUACUCUUGCAUGGAAUAUCAUAGCAGCAGACUUGGUGUUAGCGGGGAUUGUGAAAUUGUGUUAACAACGUUGCUGAAAUGGCAAGGAGGCCAAGUCGUCAUCGCUGAGGAUGCUGUGGAGGCAGUCAAAGAGGGUUCUAACGUCAUAGAUAGAUCCCUUUCGGACCAGUGCCCUUGGGAUUACUGA